AUGGGCUGCGUGCACGGCCGCCCCACCACCUCCAGCCCCGCGCCCGUCGCCACCUCCUCCCGCCGCCGGGACCAUCCCGCGGUCACCCAGACGCAGCAGGAAGGGGUCGAUUCCUCCGACGCUGCCGCCGCGGUGCCGCCGGCGGACGCCGCGGCGCCGGACCAGCAGGCGGCCGAGAAGCCCGAGAAGGUCAAGCGGGAGCGGCGGUCGCGGUCGUCACGCUCCGCAGCCGCCGCCGCGGCGGCGGCGCACGCCGAGGUGCGCCUGGGAGGGAGGUUCGCCAACAAGGCGCGCGGCGAGCAGGUCGCCGCCGGCUGGCCCGCCUGGCUCUCCGCCGUCGCCGGCGAGGCCAUCGAUGGCUGGACCCCUCGCCGCGCCGACUCCUUCGAGAAGAUCGACAAGAUCGGCCAGGGCACGUACAGCAAUGUGUACAAGGCGCGGGACUCGCUGAGCGGCAAGAUCGUGGCGCUCAAGAAGGUGCGCUUCGACAACCUGGAGCCCGAGAGCGUGCGGUUCAUGGCGCGCGAGAUCCUCAUCCUGCGCCGCCUCGACCACCCCAAUGUCAUCAAGCUCGACGGGCUCGUCACCUCCCGCAUGUCCUGCAGCCUCUACCUCGUCUUCGACUACAUGGUCCACGACCUCGCCGGCCUCGCUGCCAGCCCCGACAUCAAGUUCACGCUGCCCCAGGUCAAGUGCUAUGUGCAUCAGCUGUUGUCAGGGCUCGAGCACUGCCACAACCGGGGAGUGCUACAUCGCGACAUCAAGGGGUCAAAUCUGCUUUUGGACAACAACGGUGUGCUGAAGAUUGGUGAUUUCGGUCUGGCGUCCUUCUUCGACCCCAACCAUAAACAGCCAAUGACAAGUCGGGUGGUGACACUCUGGUACCGCCCACCAGAGUUGCUGCUUGGUGCCACCGAUUAUGGAGUUGGUGUCGACUUGUGGAGUGCAGGGUGUAUACUAGCUGAAUUGCUGGCUGGAAAACCUAUUAUGCCUGGACGAACUGAGGUGGAACAGCUGCAUAAAAUUUUUAAGCUAUGUGGCUCUCCGACGGAAGAAUAUUGGAAAAAAUCAAAGUUGCCUCAUGCAACUAUAUUUAAGCCUCAACAGCCAUACAAAAGGCGAAUAGCGGAUACAUUCAAAGAUUUCCCUCAAACUGCAAUUCGACUGAUCGAGACACUACUUGCAAUUGAUCCAGCUGAUCGUUUAACAGCAACUUCUGCAUUAAACAGUGAUUUCUUUGCAACAGAGCCUUAUGCGUGUGAACCAUCAAGUCUGCCCCAAUACCCGCCAAGCAAAGAGAUGGAUGCGAAACGAAGAGACGAAGAAGCUAGACGCUUAAGGGCUGCUGGUGGUAGAGCUAAUGGAGAUGGAACAAGGAAGACAAGGACCAGGGAUCGGCCUAGGGCUGUUCCAGCUCCCGAGGCAAACGCCGAACUGCAAGCAAAUAUUGAUAAAAGAAGGUUAAUAACUCAUGCAAAUGCGAAGAGCAAGAGUGAAAAGUUCCCUCCGCCGCACCAGGAUGGUGCGCUUGGAUUUCCCUUGGGCUGUUCGAAUCACAUGGAACCUUCAUUUGAGCCCCCGGACCCUUCUUCCUUCAGCACUGUAUUUCCUUUCGAUAAAAGCGCAGUGCCUACCUGGUCUGGACCAUUGGCGGACUCUGCAGCUGGCAACCAGAAGCGGAAACACAAGUCUGGCCGCUCCUCAAAACAACCAGCAACUGCCCGUGCUAGAUGA